AUGUCACUGUUUCUAACAACAGUAGUAAACCCUGAUCCAGGGUCCACUGACAUUAAUAAUGUUUUCUCACUUAAUCCCCUCAAUUCUACAUCCAAUAACGAUAUUAGUGAUACAUUUUUUCAAAUUCAGAAAUUGUAUCAGCAACAGAUCAAGGGUUACUGGGAAUUAGUGAGUUUGAAACAAUAUAUUGAUCAGAAACUUGUGCCACGGGGACUUAGACCAGAAAUCCCAUUACCAGACAAGAUAACCACUGAGGAACAAAAACGUGAAUGGAAUGGCAUUCUUUUAGAAUGCUCAGAAAAAUUAAUGCAGUUCCUAAUCAAACUCGAAUCACAAAAUUUAGAAGAUACUAACAUAAAUUUGGAAAAAGAAUUGGUGACGGUAAAAACAUUUAAGGACAAAGCCGAAUUUCCACUUAUGGAAAAUAAACUUCAGAAAAACUUAGAUUCUUUUAAAAAACAUGUUAAGGAGAAAAAACAUAUUAAAUUUGUUAGAGACUAUAAAGACUUCAAGGAGGGCAAUAUCUUUCGGACCAGAAGAAAAUUUAGACCACGCACUUUAAGUGAGAAUGGUUCAACAUCAGGUAAUACUGAGUGGACCGAUUCUGAUUCAGGUUCUUCUAGGUCAUCUAGAAACCAACGCAUUAGAGAAUACUCAAACAAGAAAAGAGGUAGAGGUAUCUUGAAACAACCUAAUAGAAAUGUUAAUUUUUCUGAUAAUCCAGUGACUGAGAACCAAGGGCUAAAUCCAGCAGAGAGUACCACAAGACCUUUUUCAUCUCCUUUUUUAGAGGAGGAUUGGCCAGUGCCAAUAGGGGGCAGGUUACGAGACCGAAACAAAUGGGGUUACAAACCGGACAAACGGACAAACCUGACUCAAUAAAUAAUGAUCAAAAUCAAAUAGUGAAUCUGUCAACAUUCACACUAAAAAUACACCAUUUAUCACUAUUGGAAAAGGUCUGUCCUUUGUACCCACCCCCAAAUUUAAUAAGUUUGAUUGGAUUAAAGAUACCAAUCUAUUCGGCCGUAAACUAGCCCUGAGUGUGGUGCACAAGAGAAAAAUUCAAAAACAAGCCAAAGAAGCUGGCUUUUCCUAUACGGACUAUCAACAAUAUCAGACAUUACUUUCUUUAUUGGACGAACAAGAUUCAGUCCAACCCCUCACAAAUUUUAAACCAGAAAGUUGGUUUACACCUAAUUUAAAGGAAAUUUCUAGUGUAGACCUUUUCAUUAAAAUGACUACUAAUGAAAUUGAGUCUCUAGAUCCCCCUACCUCUUAUAAAGACAACUUAACUUUGGCAGAAAGAAGGGCUCUAGUUGAACUAAGUCGAGAAUCUAAUCUGGUCAUUAAGUCAUCAGAUAAAGGUGGGAACAUCGUGUUAAUGGAUAAAGCCAACUAUAUUGAGAUGUGUAUGGAACAUCUUGAAAAUACUGAUGUAUAUCGCCGCCUGCCAACAGACCCAACCACUGAAUACCUAACUGAAUUAAAAUCUCUUUUGGAAAUUGCAGAAAUGGAGGGUAUUAUCAGUAACGAUGAAUUAAAAUACAUCCUUCCAAAUAUGACUCCAACCAUUGCCACCUUUUAUUGUCUUCCCAAAAUUCAUAAAAAUCUCGAAAAACCACCGGGAAGACCAAUCGUGUCAGGCAAUGGCUCAAUCACAGAAAGAGGUAGCAAAUUUCUUGAGAAACUACUACAUCCAUUAGUGGUCAAUUUAAAGUCCUACCUCCAGGACACCAAACAGACAUUGUUGCUACUGGAAAACUUGAUGGUACCUCCAUAUUGCCUAUUAGGUAGUUUGGAUGUUGUUGCUCUUUACAAUAACAUUCCACACACCAUAGGCAUACAAGCUACCUCUUAUUUUCUGAAUAAGUCUUCAGAGUUUACAUCUGCACAGAGUAAUUUUAUCAUCAAGUUACUAGAAUAUAUCCUCACUCAUAACUUUUUUGUAUUCAAUGGUCAAUACUACUUACAGUUAAUGGGCACAGCUAUGGGCACGGCUUGUGCCCCUAGCUAUGCCAACCUUUAUUUAGGUUGGUGGGAAGAGACCAUCUUACCAGUUAUCACCAAAGACCAGUAUGACACGUAUAUCUAUAGUUGGCAUAGAUAUAUUGAUGACAUCCUGGUCUUUUGGUUGGGGUCGAUUAAACAAUUUCAAGAUCUAGUGAAUCUACUUAAUAUUAACAACAUUGGCCUUAAACUCACACAUGUGAUAGAUUCGGAACAUCUGGUUUUUCUGGAUCUAGAUAUCCAGAUACAGGAGGAUGGUAAAAUUGAAACCACACUUUUCAGAAAAGAUACAGCAACGAACAGCUUAUUAAACUGGACAAGUUAUCAUCCAAUGAAAUUAAAAUCUGGGAUACCGUAUGGCCAAUAUCUCCGUGCGAGACGAAAUUGCUCUAACGAAUCAACCUUCCAAUUGGAAGCAAAGAAACUGAGACUAAUGUUUAAAAAGAAAGGCUAUCCUAAUAGGGUUCUUAAACGAGCCUAUCAACGAGUUCUCUCGACCAACAGGAGUGAUAGCCUGAGAAACACUAGAUCUAGGACUGAAACAAAGACAACUCGGUGCAUUGGCACCUAUGAUCCCCAUUGGGAUAAGAUACGCAAAAUUAUCUCUCGGAAUUGGCCCAUUUUACAACAUGAUAUGGAUCUAAGUGACAGUAUUGAAAAAUUUCCCCAGAUGACUGCUCGCAGAGCAAGAAAUUUGAAAGACAUUCUUGUCCACAGUCAUACAGAACCUGUCAAGUUAUUACAAUCCACCUGGUUAAAACAAACUACUGGAGUAUUUCGAUGUGGGCAUUGUAAAGCCUGUCAGUAUAUUAAACCAACAAAAACUGUCAGAAGCUUUAGAACUAAAAAUGAAUAUACGGUUAAAGAAUUCAUUAACUGCAGCUCAACACGGGUGAUAUAUUUAAUCACCUGCAGCUGCGGUAUACAAUAUGUAGGAAAGACCUACCAGCAAUUUAAACGGAGGAUACUUCAACAUGUCUGUUCAAUUACCAACUUGAACAUCUCGACCCCAAUAGCUAAUCAUGUCCGCAACUAUCAUGAGGCAGACCCCACUAAAUUAACUUUCCAGGCCUUGGAGAAACUUACCUUAAACACAAGGAAGGGUAACUUUAAUAAAAUACUUCUCAUGAAAGAGUCCAGAUGGAUAUAUAUUUUAAAGACAUUGUCACCAGACGGGCUCAAUGAGGAGUUUAAUUUUACCCCCUUCAUACAUUAAUAACGAACCAUUAAUAGUCUCUCUGCAUAUUAACAUAUUUUCCAUAGCCAUUAUUAGUGACCUAUGUCUAAUUCUAAUUAGUAUAUGUUCCAUGGGAUAGCCAUAUAAACUAAUCAUUUAUUAUGAUUCAUAGAGGAUUGUGGUGUGCUGCACUCCUUGGAUCCUCAUUACAGCACAUAUAGAGGAUGUUACCCUUUCUCAUAUCGUGAACUAUUCUUUGUAUCAUUGGAUAUUCUGGAUACAUGAUACUUUGUAGCACUGGUUAUUGCUACUUGACCUAUACAUGUGUCUUUGUUCUACUCUCUCCCUCCUAGUUAUUCUCAUGUAUGCUUUACUGUCGGUGCAGCGAUUUCUGGCUGUUGCCGUUCUAUAUAUACCCCUUAUAUCUAGCUAAUUAGUGGUAUCCUUUUAUUGAGAUCACCACUUCAGCCACUUCAAUACUGGUUUUAAUAUCAGCUCAACGUUCAUCUAAUGAUCUUAUUUUUCUCUUACUGAUAUUUAUGAUCUUAUCUCAGAUAUUUAAAGGACCUGUAUAUCCCAAUAGCAUUUUCUGAUAUUUCAAGCAAUAGACUUUAUAAUCUAUUGUCGAACCACCAGGGUGUUUGAAUAUAUGGCAUAUUAUUAGCCACUAUGGACAGAAACAGCUUUCUAGAUUAUGUCACAUUCACUGGUUGAUAUGACCUAUAUUAAUCUACAAGCUUAGUUUUGGUCUCCAUAGUACCAGACUACACCACUGAUUAUUGAUUCAUUAGAUCGGCAUUCUGCUGUUUUAGCUUGACUUAUUACCAGCCACUACCGAUAGUUAUAGUUUUUCAUAUUUUGAUCUGCAAAUUUAUUUUUAUUUUGUCAGACACAUUAGACACUAUUUUAAGUUCAAUAUAUCAGUAUUCUUUCUAUUUAUAUGAUAUAGUGUUUUCCGUCUAGAUAAAUCCUUAUUUAAGCCUUAUUUAAGACUUAUCAGGACACUCUUGUACUGUUUCUUCUUAUAUACCAUACAAGGCUGAUCAUUUUUAUAAUAUAUGAUUUGGUGGCUCCCGGAAUGACAUCAUGUUUAUAUCAUUGAUCAUUGAAUUGUACUGUUUACAUAAGAAUCUGUCCUAAUGAUGUAUUAUGGAAUCUAAUUGUUUCUGGGUCUUAUGGUUGCGUUUUGACCUCCACCCAUGGAGCUACUUCAGAAUAGACUCAAACGUAUUUAAUAACUGCAUAAACAAAUCUGUCUUUGUUACCAAACAUUUGUGUAGUAGUUUAGUCUAAAUGCUAUAUUUUUCGAUUUUGGAAAUCCCAAUUCUGUCACCAAAGGGUUAACUAUUUGCAGCCGCAUAGAUCAUUCUAUCUCUCCAAAUGCUUUCCGUCACGUCAUUUUAGGCAACCAAUGGGGAACUGCUUACCUGGACCAAUCAAACAACUUCUUUGGAAUUUUAAACCCGGUGCUCACGCACCUCCCGUUUCCUCUCUGACGAGCUAGGUGUAGCGAAACGCGCGCGUCAGAGGAUUGUAGUGUGCUGCGCUCCUUGGAUCCUUAGUGCAGCACACAGACUAGCGACCGCGCUGUUUUCAUUCUAUAUUUCUAUUCAAACAUAUAUAGUGUUUACUCCUAUUUUUGCAGAUCUUAUUAAUUUUCAUAGCUCUAUCUUGACUAAUAGAUCUUUGGGGGGUUGGAGUUAGGUGCCCUUGAAGGCACGGGACACAUAUUUAUAUAGAGGGUGCUACCUUUUCUCAUAUCGUUAACUAUAUUUUUUUUGUAUCAUUGGACAAUUUUGGUAUAUGAUACUUUGUAGCACUGGUUAUUGCUACUUGACUUUUAUAUGUGUCUUUGUUCUACUCUCUCCCUCCUAGCUAUUCUCAUGCAUGCUUUACUGUCGGUACCACGAUUAUUGGCUGCUGCCGUUCUAUAUAUACCCCUUAUAUCUAGUUAAUUAGUGGUAUCCUUCGAUUUAGAUUACCACUUUAACCACUUCAAUACUGGUUUGAAUAUCAGCUCAACGUUCAUUUAAUGAUCUCAUUUUUCUUUUACUGAUAUUUAUGACUUCUUCUCAGAUAUUUAAAGGACCUAUAUAGUCCAAUAGCAUUUUCUGAUAUUUCAAGCAACAGACUUUAUAAUCUAUUGUUGAACCACCAGGGUGUCUGAAUGUAUGGCACAUCAUUAGCCACUAUGGACAGGAACAGCUUUCUAGAUUAUGUCACACUCACUGGUUGAUAGGACCUAUAUUAAUCUACUAGCUUAGUUCUGGUCUCCAUAGUACCAGACCACACCACUGAUUAUUCAUCCAUUAGAUCGGCAUUCUGCUCUUCUAACCUGACUUAUUACCAGCUACUACCGAUAGUAAUAGUUUCUUAUAUUUUGAUCUGCAAUUAUAUUUUGUUUUUAUUAUUUUCAUACGACCUGUAUUUAUAUUUAUAUUUUAACUUUUUGGUGUUUAUAGGGUAGCACAUAUUUGGGUUACAUUUUUGUAGUGUUUAAUAAAUCUUUAUUAUUUUUUGUUCUUUCAUUUUAGUGGUUCUGUCUGGCCUAUAUAGUAGGCCUUUUGUUGGCUAUUUUGAACCCCUUCUCUUGAUGCAUAUAUCUCGCAUCAUGUAUUAGAUACAUUCCUCUUCUUGUAUUUUUCAUUUUCUAUUAGGGGUUACCCCCCACUUCUAUUGUGUAUCUAAUCUGGCUCUACUUACUUACUGUUCUUCUUUCAAUACCAGGUUUUAAUACCUAAUAGAGCCUAAAAAUAAAUAUAAUCAAUACCAUGUCACUGUUUCUAACAACAGUAGUAAACCCUGAUCCAGGGUCCACUGACAUUAAUAAUGUUUUCUCACUUAAUCCCCUCAAUUCUACAUCCAAUAACGAUAUUAGUGAUACAUUUUUUCAAAUUCAGAAAUUGUAUCAGCAACAGAUCAAGGGUUACUGGGAAUUAGUGAGUUUGAAACAAUAUAUUGAUCAGAAACUUGUGCCACGGGGACUUAGACCAGAAAUCCCAUUACCAGACAAGAUAACCACUGAGGAACAAAAACGUGAAUGGAAUGGCAUUCUUUUAGAAUGCUCAGAAAAAUUAAUGCAGUUCCUAAUCAAACUCGAAUCACAAAAUUUAGAAGAUACUAACAUAAAUUUGGAAAAAGAAUUGGUGACGGUAAAAACAUUUAAGGACAAAGCCGAAUUUCCACUUAUGGAAAAUAAACUUCAGAAAAACUUAGAUUCUUUUAAAAAACAUGUUAAGGAGAAAAAACAUAUUAAAUUUGUUAGAGACUAUAAAGACUUCAAGGAGGGCAAUAUCUUUCGGACCAGAAGAAAAUUUAGACCACGCACUUUAAGUGAGAAUGGUUCAACAUCAGGUAAUACUGAGUGGACCGAUUCUGAUUCAGGUUCUUCUAGGUCAUCUAGAAACCAACGCAUUAGAGAAUACUCAAACAAGAAAAGAGGUAGAGGUAUCUUGAAACAACCUAAUAGAAAUGUUAAUUUUUCUGAUAAUCCAGUGACUGAGAACCAAGGGCUAAAUCCAGCAGAGAGUACCACAAGACCUUUUUCAUCUCCUUUUUUAGAGGAGGAUUGGCCAGUGCCAAUAGGGGGCAGGUUACGAGACCGAAACAAAUGGGGUUACAAACCGGACAAACGGACAAACCUGACUCAAUAAAUAAUGAUCAAAAUCAAAUAGUGAAUCUGUCAACAUUCACACUAAAAAUACACCAUUUAUCACUAUUGGAAAAGGUCUGUCCUUUGUACCCACCCCCAAAUUUAAUAAGUUUGAUUGGAUUAAAGAUACCAAUCUAUUCGGCCGUAAACUAGCCCUGAGUGUGGUGCACAAGAGAAAAAUUCAAAAACAAGCCAAAGAAGCUGGCUUUUCCUAUACGGACUAUCAACAAUAUCAGACAUUACUUUCUUUAUUGGACGAACAAGAUUCAGUCCAACCCCUCACAAAUUUUAAACCAGAAAGUUGGUUUACACCUAAUUUAAAGGAAAUUUCUAGUGUAGACCUUUUCAUUAAAAUGACUACUAAUGAAAUUGAGUCUCUAGAUCCCCCUACCUCUUAUAAAGACAACUUAACUUUGGCAGAAAGAAGGGCUCUAGUUGAACUAAGUCGAGAAUCUAAUCUGGUCAUUAAGUCAUCAGAUAAAGGUGGGAACAUCGUGUUAAUGGAUAAAGCCAACUAUAUUGAGAUGUGUAUGGAACAUCUUGAAAAUACUGAUGUAUAUCGCCGCCUGCCAACAGACCCAACCACUGAAUACCUAACUGAAUUAAAAUCUCUUUUGGAAAUUGCAGAAAUGGAGGGUAUUAUCAGUAACGAUGAAUUAAAAUACAUCCUUCCAAAUAUGACUCCAACCAUUGCCACCUUUUAUUGUCUUCCCAAAAUUCAUAAAAAUCUCGAAAAACCACCGGGAAGACCAAUCGUGUCAGGCAAUGGCUCAAUCACAGAAAGAGGUAGCAAAUUUCUUGAGAAACUACUACAUCCAUUAGUGGUCAAUUUAAAGUCCUACCUCCAGGACACCAAACAGACAUUGUUGCUACUGGAAAACUUGAUGGUACCUCCAUAUUGCCUAUUAGGUAGUUUGGAUGUUGUUGCUCUUUACAAUAACAUUCCACACACCAUAGGCAUACAAGCUACCUCUUAUUUUCUGAAUAAGUCUUCAGAGUUUACAUCUGCACAGAGUAAUUUUAUCAUCAAGUUACUAGAAUAUAUCCUCACUCAUAACUUUUUUGUAUUCAAUGGUCAAUACUACUUACAGUUAAUGGGCACAGCUAUGGGCACGGCUUGUGCCCCUAGCUAUGCCAACCUUUAUUUAGGUUGGUGGGAAGAGACCAUCUUACCAGUUAUCACCAAAGACCAGUAUGACACGUAUAUCUAUAGUUGGCAUAGAUAUAUUGAUGACAUCCUGGUCUUUUGGUUGGGGUCGAUUAAACAAUUUCAAGAUCUAGUGAAUCUACUUAAUAUUAACAACAUUGGCCUUAAACUCACACAUGUGAUAGAUUCGGAACAUCUGGUUUUUCUGGAUCUAGAUAUCCAGAUACAGGAGGAUGGUAAAAUUGAAACCACACUUUUCAGAAAAGAUACAGCAACGAACAGCUUAUUAAACUGGACAAGUUAUCAUCCAAUGAAAUUAAAAUCUGGGAUACCGUAUGGCCAAUAUCUCCGUGCGAGACGAAAUUGCUCUAACGAAUCAACCUUCCAAUUGGAAGCAAAGAAACUGAGACUAAUGUUUAAAAAGAAAGGCUAUCCUAAUAGGGUUCUUAAACGAGCCUAUCAACGAGUUCUCUCGACCAACAGGAGUGAUAGCCUGAGAAACACUAGAUCUAGGACUGAAACAAAGACAACUCGGUGCAUUGGCACCUAUGAUCCCCAUUGGGAUAAGAUACGCAAAAUUAUCUCUCGGAAUUGGCCCAUUUUACAACAUGAUAUGGAUCUAAGUGACAGUAUUGAAAAAUUUCCCCAGAUGACUGCUCGCAGAGCAAGAAAUUUGAAAGACAUUCUUGUCCACAGUCAUACAGAACCUGUCAAGUUAUUACAAUCCACCUGGUUAAAACAAACUACUGGAGUAUUUCGAUGUGGGCAUUGUAAAGCCUGUCAGUAUAUUAAACCAACAAAAACUGUCAGAAGCUUUAGAACUAAAAAUGAAUAUACGGUUAAAGAAUUCAUUAACUGCAGCUCAACACGGGUGAUAUAUUUAAUCACCUGCAGCUGCGGUAUACAAUAUGUAGGAAAGACCUACCAGCAAUUUAAACGGAGGAUACUUCAACAUGUCUGUUCAAUUACCAACUUGAACAUCUCGACCCCAAUAGCUAAUCAUGUCCGCAACUAUCAUGAGGCAGACCCCACUAAAUUAACUUUCCAGGCCUUGGAGAAACUUACCUUAAACACAAGGAAGGGUAACUUUAAUAAAAUACUUCUCAUGAAAGAGUCCAGAUGGAUAUAUAUUUUAAAGACAUUGUCACCAGACGGGCUCAAUGAGGAGUUUAAUUUUACCCCCUUCAUACAUUAAUAACGAACCAUUAAUAGUCUCUCUGCAUAUUAACAUAUUUUCCAUAGCCAUUAUUAGUGACCUAUGUCUAAUUCUAAUUAGUAUAUGUUCCAUGGGAUAGCCAUAUAAACUAAUCAUUUAUUAUGAUUCAUAGAGGAUUGUGGUGUGCUGCACUCCUUGGAUCCUCAUUACAGCACAUAUAGAGGAUGUUACCCUUUCUCAUAUCGUGAACUAUUCUUUGUAUCAUUGGAUAUUCUGGAUACAUGAUACUUUGUAGCACUGGUUAUUGCUACUUGACCUAUACAUGUGUCUUUGUUCUACUCUCUCCCUCCUAGUUAUUCUCAUGUAUGCUUUACUGUCGGUGCAGCGAUUUCUGGCUGUUGCCGUUCUAUAUAUACCCCUUAUAUCUAGCUAA